AUGAAAAAAGUGCUUUUCAUAAAGGUUGAGAGAGGAUUCAAGCCUUCGAUAUUGGACGAGCCGACGGUUUCGGAACCGAAAAAAAAAUCCAUUACGAAUUCGGAAAAAUUUUUAAAAGAUUCAUUUGGGAAAGAUGAAAAUCAUUACGGUAAUAAUAACAAAACGAAAACUCCAAGAUUCGAAGCAUUCAUGAUGACGGGAGAUUUGAUAUUGAAUUUGUCGAGGACUCAACAGAGCAGCGGAAUUUUACCCAAGCGACAGAAAAAAAUCGACAGUUUGAGGUAUCAUCAUCACAAAAAUCACAAUCGUCAGGAUCAUCACAAUUCGGUACCCACAAGCCCAAAUGAAUCUAAUUCGGGUAUAAGAAAAAGAUCAUUGUCAUCCCCGCCGGAGAGUCCGACAAGUACCGACGAAUCGAAAACGUUCGGUGGAACAUCUUGUUACACUUUUCAAACGGGUGUCAGAACUAGCCGAAGUGAAGAUCAUUUACAAUGCCAGAAAAAUUCAUCUAUUUCCACGGUGGAUAUAGACAUAGAUGACGACAUUAGAAGUAGUUUGAAUACGUUGCUUGAUACUAGAGUGGAUGGUGAUAAAACCACAACACAUCAUUGUAAUUCAAUUUCAGAUAGAAUAGGAACGGGUCCGAUCGAUGAUCGGUCAUCUGACAGUUUAGAAAUGUCAUCAUCAAAUACAACGGUAUUACACAUAGCCGAAGAGCCUCCACACGUAAAAUUAGAAAUUUCUAAUGGGAGUCAAAAUACGAGUGGAGAACGAAAAACGAAGCCUUCGGAAGAGGGCAAAAGAAUAUCGGAACCUCCUCAUAAAAGAGAGGAAAAUAGGAAAAGUGGUAAUUUCGAUAAGAUUAAUAACGAAUGCUCGAAGAAUUCCGGUUUAGAAAAAGGAUCGCCCAAAACCGAUAGAAUAGUUUGGACUUACAACGCUCCUCAUUCGGGAUCUCCCUCUCACUCGAAUUGCGGUUCCGUUUCCGGUUCGGAACAUAAUUUGUGUCACGCGAGCACGAUUUCUUCUUCGUCUAGUUCUCAAAGAAGCCUUUCACCGGUAUCACCGACGAGUGUUUCCUCUUCGAUAAUGUCAUCGAAUUCGAAUUCGUUGCAGCAAAAAAAUCAGCAACCCGAAAUUGAAAUGAAACCGCAAAGCAAUCACAAUUCAAUUCCGGAUCACUGGAAUCCCACGAGCGACGUGUCUGCGAGCGAAGCCGUUUCGAACAUUUCUUCUCCCGACUAUCAAGAAGAAAUAACAAUGGACAUACUCAACGCGAGAGAUUUAAUGAUGGAAAUAAGUGAUCCUAGUGAUUCCGAUUCGACUUUAUUAGUGAGCGAUCCUGUAUCGGGAUCGCAAAAUCGAAGUACUGCUAACAGUGAUAAAAACGAAGAAAAAAUGCCCAGGGGAAAAAGCAAAUUAAACGGUAAACCCAAUUGCUUUUUCUCGAAUACCAGUGAUCAUAAAAUAAUAAUUCAAGUCAAAGGACCGGAAACGACGAAUGUUAUUAGAAAUAAUAAUAAUUUUUAUCAAGAAAAGGAAACGACCGAACAGACAAAUUCGGAGGAGUCGAAGGAGAAGGAGGGCUGUGACGAAACUUGCGAAGAUGGAGUUAAUAAAUCGCCUUCUCAAUCUGGUAGCGACGAAGACAGCGACAUUGAAUCCUUACACAGUUUUCAUUAUUCACCGAAAGCGGUCGAUCUUCCAAGUGCAAUAAGAUUAGCUAAAAGGUUGUACACGUUGGACGGUUUUAAGAAAAGCGACGUUUCCAGGCAUUUAAGUAAAAAUAACGACUUCAGCCGUGCAGUGGCAGAAGAAUAUUUAAAACAUUUUACUUUUACGAAAGACACACUGGAUACGGCAUUACGAAAGUUCCUUAAACAAUUCAGCCUGGCGGGGGAAACUCAGGAAAGAGAAAGGGUUUUAGUACAUUUUUCAAAAAGGUAUCUGGAAUGUAAUCCCGGUACUUUUAAUUCUCAAGAUGCGGUUCACACGUUAACAUGCGCUCUCAUGCUUCUAAACACGGAUUUAAACGGUCAGAAUAUAAGUAGAAAAAUGACAUGUGAAGAAUUCAUAGAUAAUUUAAGGGAUUUAAACGAAGGGGAAAAUUUUCCACGAGAUAUUCUUAAAGCUCUUUAUCAGGCCAUAAAAAAUUAUCCACUCGAAUGGGCAUUGGAUGAUGAAGCAGAUCGAGUGAGCAAUCAACUUUCCGUUGACGAAAAAGGGGAUUUGAAGACUGCCGAACAAGCUGUGUACCUUUUUCAAACUGGCGAUGCCAAAGAACUUCAAUCUUGGAUUGAUACUAUAAAUUUUGUAUGUGCAAGUUAUUCUGCUCAGCCUUUAGCAAGUGGCGUAGGAAGCGAAAAUAAAUUUCAAAGACCGCUUUUACCGUGUUCUCACACAAAAUUAAAAUUGAGAGAACAAUUGGCCGAUCACGAAGAUAGAGUUCAAAAAUUAGAAAUGGCUCUUGAGGAACACAGGAGAGAUCCACCCGAUCGUUCGGCCAAAUCUUUGUUUAUUCAAAAUUACAAGGAAAAAGACGCUUAUUUGCAAUACGAAAUUAAAAGGUAUAAAACCUACGUGAAUAUAUUGCGUUUGAAAAUGCCUCAAUAUUCGGAUUCGAUCAUUGGGAAUUCAUUCGGUGAUGAUCACGUCGACGGAGGUAUCGUACCUCCCCCAGUGCCAGAUAGAAGAAUAACACCGUCGAACAGGUAG